AUGCUGUUCUCUUUUCCCUUCAAAAGGUACCACGUGCUGAAUAUCAGUGGCGGGAUUGAACAUCCGGGUGAUAUACAAUUGCAUCUUCUCGUGUCACAGAUUGUAGCCUGGUUCAUCGUGUUCCUGUGUCUCGUCAAAGGAAUCCGGUCUGUAGGAAAAGUCGUCUACGUCAGCGCUACUGUCCCGUACGUAUUGCUGUUGGCGCUGCUCAUAAGAGGGUUGAUGCUGCCGGGAGCCGUGGAGGGAAUUAAGGCGUUCAUCAUUCCUCGCUGGGAGAAACUUCUUACUUUACAGGCAGGGGCAGAGUCAACGAUUCCAUUGGGGUGGGGGUGGUAG